AUGUUCCUGUCUAACACCACGACUGUGACGCCCUUCCUGACCAUGUUGUGGCAGGAGACCGCCGAACAGGGCAGCAAUGUGUCGGGGCUGGCUCGCAGGUCUCAGCUCCGAGAUGACAGCAAGCUGGAAGCUCUCUACAUCCUCAUGGUGCUGGGUUUCUUUGGCUUCUUCACCCUGGGCAUCAUGCUGAGUUACAUCCGCUCCAAGAAGCUGGAGCACUCGCACGACCCAUUCAACGUGUACAUUGAGUCGGAUGCCUGGCAGGAGAAAGACAAAGCGUUCUUCCAGGCCCGUGUUCUGGAGAGCUUCAGAGCCUGCUAUGUCAUUGAAAACCAGGGGGCUGUAGAACAGCCUGCCACACACCUUCCUGAACUGAAGCCUUUGUCAUGA